UUUUUCUUUCCUAGUAGUUACUUCAAACACAUGGGACCAGGCAAUGAUACACAAAUUUCAGAAUUUAUUCUCCUGGGAUUGUCAAAGGAACCAGAUCUACAGCCCCUCAUAUUUGGACUUUUCCUCUCCAUGUACCUGAUCACUGUGUUUGGAAACCUGCUCAUCAUCCUGGCCGUCAGCUCAGACCCCCACCUCCACACCCCCAUGUACUUCUUCCUCUCCAACCUGUCCUUUGUAGACAUCUGUUUCAUCUCUACCACUGUCCCAAAGAUGUUAUGGAACCUCCAGACCCAGAGCAAAGUUAUAACCUAUGAAGGCUGCAUCACACAAAUUUAUUUUUUCCUACUGUCUGCAGUGUUGGACAUCUUCCUCCUGACAGUGAUGGCCUAUGACCGCUUUGUGGCCAUCUGUCACCCACUGCACUACACAAUCAUCAUGAAUCCCUGGCUCUGUGGACUACUGGUCCUGGCGUCUUGGAUCAUGUGUAUUCUGAAUUCCUUGUUACAAAGCUUAAUGGUUUUGCGGCUUUCCUUUUGCACGAAUGUGGAAAUCCCCCACUUUUUUUGUGACCUCAGUCAGAUGACCCAACUUGCCUGUUCUGACAACUUUCUUAAUUACAUGGUGAUUUAUUUUACAGCUGUCCUUCUAGGUAGUGGUGCCCUGAUUGGUAUCCUUUACUCUUACUCAAAGAUUGUUUCCUCCAUACGUAGAGCCACAUCAACUCAAGGGAAGUAUAAAGCAUUUUCCACCUGUGCAUCUCACCUCUCAGUUGUCUCCUUAUUUUUUUCUACAAGCCUUGGGGUGUACUUUAGCUCUGCUGCUACCCAGAGCUCACACUCAAGUGCAAUAGCCUCAGUGAUGUACACUGUGGUCACACCCAUGCUGAAUCCCUUCAUCUACAGUCUGAGAAAUAAAGACAUAAAGGGGGCUCUGGAAAGACUCUUUGUGAUGGUGAGUCCAAAAAGGCAAAUAAUUCUGGGCCUGGAGAAAUGCCCAUCAUUGUGGGGCUCAAUGCCUCAGAGUCAGCUGUUGUGA